CCUUCCGAGAAGAGCCUCACGCGGCGCUGGCUUACAGGUAGGAAGCUCAUACCAAGCGCGAAAGAACAGCAAGCUGAAGGACUAUUGCGCCGAGCUCCAAGGGGAGAUUGAGAACAUAUGGGGGCAGGCGAACCAGAGAAUUACGACCCUGACAACGAAGAUACGGGACAUGGAGACCGAGGAGCAAGCACUCCGGCGCAAAUAUGAAGAUCUUCGCGUCACGCUGGAGAACCGGACCAGGGAGCUCUCGCAAUUUCAGGAGCUCUACAGCAAACUGAAGCAGCGAGUCAUCGGUUCCGGCAUUCCGAGAUCACACACUCCUGUUCAGGGCGCCGCCGCCGUAGACCCAACCCACGGGCGCGCUCAGUCACAGCUUCCGCGACCGAUUAUGCCGCUUGGCGCUCGCACCGGCGUGCCCAACUACUUUCCGGCCAGCCCAGGGUACCCCAAGUCACAACCCAACUUGAACGCGGUGGCGCAGUGGAACAAGCCAGCAUUUGCCCAGCGAGCAAACGUACCUGCCACACCGUCCAGUAACUUACCGCUCAGAAAUCCGAGAACAUCAGGCUUCACAUCGACGCCAAGAACCGGCGUUGGGUCAACGUCUGUUCCAGGUUCAGGCCGGUUUCUUGGGAGGGAGGGCAGUUCUCAGAUGCAAAGCACAGUGGGCUUGAGGGUCUUCUCCGGAGCCAAGACAGGUGCAGCCGGCCUCAAACGUUCCCUCGGCGGAGUCGAGCUGGAUAUGUCGAGGCGCCCACUUCACAGUGUGGAAGGCACCCAAGGCGCAUCUCAAGCCUCCCCCCAUUCGGCCGGGGGGCAGGCCUCCCGGCAUCUCGACGUCCCGGGCCCCAUACUCCGUUGACCCUUCCGAAUGUGACGUUCCGGUCUCAUCACCUCCAUACUCGGACAGGAUCGAAGGAGUCAUGGCGUGCGCCCUUUGGCGGCCUGAUAUCCGCUCGACAAGUGUCCUGGUCCAACGCCGGAUAGCGAUUGGAUUAAAAGGCGACUUGAGACAAGGGGACAGGCUUACCGACGGGCCAGUGAGGUCGAGUCUGGAGAUCGGAGUGCCACACUUUCACCAAUCGGUGCUUGUCAAACGCCCAGGCAGGAUAUGAACACUCCAAACCAGUUAUUGGCCCUGCUGG